AUGGAGAAUAAGCCCAUGGUCGCGCGGUUCAUGGUCUAUAGAGUGGGCAGUUUCGUCGUCAAGGAGCGCGUGCUGUGCUUCGGCGAGUACUCGUUCUCAACGCUGGACCGCGAGAACCAGCAGAUGACCAACACGUGGCCGUACGAGGACGUCGAUGGCGCGAACGCGUUGGAUGGAGAGACGGACUUUGUCAUCCACACGCCGCGCCACCGUAUCAAGAAGACUGUGUACCGCAGUCAGUUCCGCAUGGACGUGCUCGUCUGUCUCUUGCGGCUGCGUAGUCGCCACUAUGCCAAGACACCCAAUUACUCGACGCCUGUUGGGCUCCAGACGCACAUCUUUGAGGGUCGCAAGUGCUACUGGAGCGGGAUGGAGUCGCCUUUCGUCGUGGAGGUCCGGCCAGAUGGCAUUUACCAGCGAGACACGGAAGGAGACGUGAUGAGCUGCAUUAGCUACACGAGUUUGGUCUCGAUGGACGUGAUUGGGGACGACCGCGAAGCGAUUGUGCUGAACCACGCGGACAACUCGAGUCUCUUUUUCGUGCCGCGACGCACGGAGCUAGCGCUCGCUAUUGAACGAGUGAUGAAGGCGUAUGGGAUGCAGAUCAAUAAAUACGGCGAGAAAACCAUGGAAAUGGCGCUGAAAGACGGCGGGUUUGCAGCGACGACGAUGAGGACUGCAGUGUCGUUCGAGUACCAAGUCUCGAAGGUCUCGACAUCGAAAGAAUCGAGUGGCGGUGCUCCCAGGACGCUUUCGGUCUCGGAAAUGUACGUUACCGAGUAUACAGACGCCCACACGGUGAUUUCCUGUCGUCCUCUGUCGCGGGUCUACAGUCUGAUCAUUUACCAAGACAUGGUGCAAACGUUUCGAGUCGUCUACGUAGACGGGGUCAGUCGCACGUACAAUUCCUAUCAGCGUGAGAAGAUUGUGUGCGAAUUGCUAGCGUCUUGUCACGCCCUGGGCAAUCUUCAAGUAAGUGUGGAGAUGGUGGAUAUUCCAGAGUUCAUGCGCAUGAUACCGCGUGAACUCAUUCGAGAAGGAAGCAGGAUCGCACAUGCGGUACCGAAUGUGAACUUGACGGACCGAGAGCUUCGUGCUGUGCAAGCAAACAUCUUGCAGUCGCUAGCGGUGCAUGGCGGUCGGAAGACAGCACGCACGCAACGACAGCUUCCUCGAGGCCUAGACGAAGAGAUGCAUUCUUUGGCGGUGGAGUUUAAUGUCAAUACACCGACAUAUGGCGUAAUUGCGCAGCCCAGUAAGUCGUAUGAAAAGGUGUUGUACAUCCUUGCUCGGGAGCUCCGUGAUAUCGUGGCUAGGCACGGUGCGAAUCACGACUUCGUAAUCACCUACCUGCAGUCUCUAUAUCGUUUGAUGCUUGCACCUGCUGCUAUCAACGAAUUUAUGAAGAUCCUGACAGAGCGCGAAGAGGAGUAUUUCGGAACAAUUGGCAAGAUUUUGGACAGGAAGAACUCGGUUGCUACGUACUGGAUAUUCAUGGUCCUCAGCCGGCUAAUGGAAUCGAAGGAGCACAAGUUGCAGUGUUUACAGCUUAUGUUAUCUAACCGUGUCUUCCUGACGACACUUCUUUCACUACUGGACGAGGAUAUUCGUACAGGAUUGUUUUUGUCGGAUCUUCCUACGAUGAAAUUGUGUCAACUCAUUCUAUUGUUGGUGGAGGGCAAUGACGAGAAGCAGCCGGAACUUGCGGAGACGCUACACCAGCAUUUGGCGACGAAAUACCGAAUGCUGCUUCGGGUUCUGUUUAGCUUUCCGGGUUUGGCUACUGUGGAGGCCUGCGUGGGCAUUUUAAGCCAAAUGUCAAAAAGUGUAUCGUGUCCGCAGCUUGGCAACGUGGGACAUCCAGUACGUUCUAAUGGUGGAAGGAUUCAACAAGCGCUCAGUUUUGGUCCUGGUAGCCACCGGCAGGCUGUGGCUCCGCAGUCUAAUCGUCCUCCAACGUUUUCGUCUCGUGGAAACACGUACGCAGCAAAUCGAAGUAGCAUAUUCUCGUCGUCAGCGUCUUCUUCUGGUGGUUUGUCCGGCGCUCCAGCCAGCGUGGUGGUCGUUCAGAAUCCCACAGUGCUAUUGCAGCAAUAUCGACAGUUCUUCGAAGCAGCAUGGGGCUCUUUGCCGAUGAGGCUCGAUCAGUACGACGAUCCGAAGUUUUUGCGUCUUCGUUAUCGAUGCCGCAACACCUUUUUACAGGAGCUCAUGAGUUACUUAGCGGGUAACUUUGAGGAGUUUAAGCGCGUGUAUAAGGUUGACUGCUAUCAGUUCAGCGGGUUCAUAGGCACAGCUGAUGGGCAGCGAGAAAGGACGAGGUUUUAUUUGACGCACCGAGGUCUAAUUUCUGUGCGAACUGCAAGUAGGCAUACUCAAGAAUUCGAGUACCGGUCGCUUAAAGAGAUCAUCGAAGCGACGACAAUUCUGGAUGCGUUCAUCCUUAUAGUGAAGGGAAAGUUAAAGUUUAUCUACGCGGACGAAAGUGCCAAGAUCGUGGAAAAGAUGAAGACAUUAGCUGGCGUUGUCGGAAUUCACCUUCGGGUAAGGACACAGGAGAAGCUUCCAAAACCGCCAGUGGAAAAGCCGCUGGACUUAUCCAAGUUCCAGUCGAACGAUCUAUUCGAUGUUCAGAGACUGACUGGUCGCCUUGGAUCCACAAACUUACGAAAGAGAAAAGUGUGCUUCGUGGACGGAACUAUUGAAGAGUUCACGAACUGUUCGAAGAAAGUGUACGACCUGAAGAUGUUGCGGCGCGUGGUGGUUCCUGGGUCGGGAGGUGAUGAUGCACAAGCUGUGGUUGUGUUGGAGUUUUUGGAUUGCAGUCGUGUUACUUAUGUGCCAUACGAUACCGAAAAGUUUCUGGCCGCUGUGUACGAUGGGUAUCGCUGCGUUGACAAUUAUAACGUAUCGCUAAGUCGAGAAUUUUCCAGCUUGAACCCUAGAAUGUCUACGAGAAUGUUGUUGCGCGACGAGCAUGAGCGAUUCCUUUACUGCAGCCAUGAUGGACUCUAUAUUCCAGCACACGCGACACUGGAAAAAGAGUUUGAAAUGAUGAAUGGCGAAGGAGUUAGCAUCGCGUCUGCGACGAACAGAGUCGCAUUUGCACUUGAAAAUUUGAAUAUGAAUGUUGAAACGUGUGAUUUCACGAAACAAUCUAUGCGUGGACGGUUGGAGCAGCUAUCGUUCAGCCAUCUGCUGGGGGGGAUUAAUAACAUGCUCGAGUAUUCUUGCAAGCCACCUAUUCGGACAAACGAUAUCUGUGUAAUUUUGGAAGCCUUCUGUCGCAUCAAUGAUGGCUGUUUCCGUAUUUCGAUGGAGCAGCCAAACGGAGGUGCGAUGGUUGUUGUUCCAGCGCUGGCUCGAAUCUUAGUUUCUGGUGACCCAGUGGCAACAGUGUGGGCACUGGAUUCACUGCAUUCGCUAGUCACUUACAAAUCGCGAUCAAACGGACAUCGGGCGGCUGAAAAAGCUAUUCGGAGUCAGGUGUUUGAUGACAAAAAGCUUAUUUUGCUGUUGGCCGAUCUACUGGAUCAACAAAAUCCAAGCUCCACUCUGGCGAUGCUGGAGCUUGUCUUGGAUGUGCUAGUCGUUUCUCGUCACAGUACCGAUACUGUUCACUUUGAUGCCAUUGUUAAAGCAUUGGGAGCAAAGUACUUACUGUUGCUAGAGCUAGCGUCUCAAACCUCGAAUGCGGGAUUAGCUGCAGCUGUCAUUUGCCUCUUGAAAGUGCUUGUUGACCACGGUCAUCACAAGAUUCGACGACGCAUUUGUGACGUUGCGCUAGAAUCAGGACUCACUGUGAAGCAUUUGUACAAGGCAUUUUUUCACCCUGCCGAUAACGCAAGGGAGACAUACCAGUACAUUACAAGCAUUUGGGUGACACAUCAUAAAGCUUCUCAUGAGAUGUUCUCGAGGAUUCUCCCUCAUGGAUUUAUUCGAAUGGUAUCCGAUCCGAUGGUUCGUAAACUGCUAAUGAAGCAGCGAGCACGAAAAACCGAGUCUGUGCGCAUGAGGAGCAAACGUCAGCUUUUGGACCAAGUUGAUGGGUCUGAGUGGUUUAUUCGUCGCAUGCAGCUCCAAAUCGGAACGCUAUUUGAUAACGAAUUCAGGUCUGAAAGUCGAGGAAAAGAAGAUUCGUCGCACAUGAAUUAUUGCGGUGAAUCAUCUACCGAUAUAGCCCUGUUAUCGAGUAUGGUCUGUAAAGAUUUUCUGCUUCCUGACUUGAUCUGGAAUGAACAAACACGCGCUGAAUUGGAGACUGCACUCAAGUUAGCAAUUGAAGAAUUUGAUCAGCAUAAACUGGACCAAGCAGCUGCGAUAUCAUUGCUUAUCUCCCGAAAAGGAUGUAGAGAGAUCAAGUGGAACCACGCCCAAUUCUCUGUGGUGUAUAAUAGCAUUGCCCAGGAGCUCCAAGUCAACCGCUUCUAUCCUCGCGUUAUCAUGAAACGGAUAAACGAUGGAUCAUUGAAACUUGCUGAAGUAGCCAAUACUGCCCGUGCAAUGGAAGCUGGAACGCACGUAGGAAAUCUUACGAAGUCGAGCAGUCUUUUCUUUGCAAGCGUGGGCAUCGCCAAAAACCCGGCAAUGUUUUUCAACGAGGUCUAUCAAUGCUGGCUGGAGCAUUUGCAUUUGAACAAUAUUCCUCUAUCAGGAACAAACGAUUGGUCUGCAAGCGGAAGCAACGGAUUUUCACGGCACGUCGGAGCACUCGGGAGCGAGCAGCAUGGUCAUUCCCUGUUAAAAAUUCUGAUUGAGUUAGCACGCGUGUUUCCAGAAACUCGGUCAGUUACGAAACACAGAGCACGCUUUCUUACUGAGCUGCUACGUAAUUCAUAUUUGGUGAGCGAAAUACAAGAUAUAGUGGAGUUGAUGUCUUGCGUCAGCUUGUCUGGUGGAGCAAGUGUAGCUCUGUGCACAAAUAGCCACAUUCAAGUGCUGCUGCAUAUGUCGAUGCUAUUGCACAGGUGUCCAACAGAGCCGCUUAAAAGCGAUACGAAUACCGGUCAAGGAGACAUUCCAAUGAUGGAUUCAAUGACAACGUCCGAGUAUAAUGAAAGCUCUUCUAUGCCAAUAGCAGAGCUUUCGUUUUACAACGAUUCACGAUUUGCUUUGAAAUGGAGCAUAAAGUGUAAAAAUGCCGGAAAAACGGAUGAAGGAAGUGUGAUUAACGGACCGUAUUCAGCAAACGAGCUGAAGGAAUUUAUAGACGCUGACUCCCUUGGCCGAAACCGGCAAUUUGACGCGUUUGACGUAUGCUGCUGCUCUGUGCAUGAACGUGAACAUACUGAUGGUGCUGAACAUACUUGGAAGUCAAUAUUUGAGUACCCGGAAUUGCGAUGGAUGGAGAUCACUGAUGAGCCUAUUGACACAAAUUGCGCUGUGUUCGCGCUAAAAACGCUACGAAACUUCAUGGUCAAAGAUCAAGGCACAGGUCCGUCUGGAAAUACAAUGUUGUGGCCACCUCCGUUGGUGAACACGAUAAUGGACAAUACGUCGUCGUUAGCUUGUAUAGCUCAGCUUCUUCUGGUGAAUAACUCCAGUGUACGGAGAUACGUCUGUGAGAUGCUUAUGUCACUCAACGAAGUAGAACUACAAGAGAUGUACAAGUAUGGAGUAUUCUACUUCAUCCUUUCGACGGCCGCUAAUCUUAAAGGGUCUGAAAAUGUGCCUGCCUUUUUACCAGAAGCAACUUUGUUGCAACGGAUGCAUCGCUCCCAGCGAUCAUCGGAGCGACGUGUGGGACAAAGCUACUUAAUCGACAUACUACCGGAGUCCCUCAUAUCAGUCCUGGAUUCAGAGACCCCUGAACGCUUCGCUGAUAUGUUCAGCGGUCGCAUACACGACAAGCGUGUCCUGUGGUCCUCAAAAAUGAGGAUUCACUUGCACGAAAUGAUGGGUGAGCAUUUACAAGAGUUUAAAGGUUAUUUGAAGGACGACGUUGCGGCAAGGUACAUCUACAGUCCAAUUCCUCCUAUCUCGUAUUUGGAGUUAUCAGGAGAUGUGUAUUGCAGUGGAUUCUAUCUUUCGACCUUCAAUAGAUGCAAUUCUGAUGAAGAAGAGGUUGAGAAUCCAGUUUUCUUGAUAAAGAGUGUUGAGGAAAAGUGGCGGUACUUUGCUCGGCGCCAAGUUGGUAACACGGAAGAGACCAUGGAUCACUUGGAUGCUUGUAAGAUAUUUGGUUGGAGCGAAGACGCAGCAAACUCCUUGUCAGAUUUGCGUAGACGCUAUCGGGAGUUGUGUCGGCAGGGAAUCGAACUAAAUAAAGUUCGCCGUGCAUUUGACUCGAUUUGUGCCGCACUUGAGCGCAAGAAUGAAGCAGAUGGCGGCCGGACAUCAGACGAAGUCCUUGAGCAUAUACUGAAAUCACAACUUCGGUUGUUGGACGAAUACGGCUUCCACUUUUCUUCGUACGAGUCUUCGACGCUGGAUCUGCUCCUCAACGUGCUAUCAUCUCAGUUGGAAGGGGAGUCUAAGUUUGGUACACUCGCGAUGAACGUGUUGCAGCAACUACUCUAUGUUGCACCGCAAAAUGGCCCACUUCUGGUCAAUAUAGACGGUUGUUGGGAAACAAUUCUUGGCCUGGUUGAACGCUGUGCGUAUGGACACGACGUGGCCUCUAAAGAAAGCAUGUUUUCCAUACUCCAACUACUGCUCGUUUCCAGAGAAGGUGUUGAAUCGCUUGUGGGGGGCAAUUUUGUAGCAUCAGACAAGGCGUCGCCAUCGAAGACCUUCGAUUUCACUGUGUUUAGAGAUGAUGAAAACACUUCUUUUUUUACUGCGACCGAGUACACAUCUCUAAGAGGGCCAAUCAGGACUAGGCACGCUCAGAGUGUGUAUUCGUUGCUUGAUGAUGUUAUUCUUUCUUUUGAGAAUAUUCAGCCGUGGCACAUCCAGAAGAUGUCGUUUGACAUCGCAUCAUCACUUUGCCGAAGUCGUGCGGUGCAAGAACAAAUUAUGACCUCUACACGAGUUUUUUGGAAAGGUCUUUAUUUGAUCUUGGCGUCAGCUGAGAGUACAUCAGGAAUUGACACGGCACAGGAAGGUACGACGGUGUUGGAAAAGCAAGAACUUGAAAUGCUGGAGAGCGCCUUUGGAGCACUUCGGUCGCUAGCUUUGGGUCCGGAAGGCAAUAGCAGAUCUGCAGGACUUGAUGCGUUAGCAAAUCUCCUGCCGAUGGACUUCUUAAAUUGUCUUGAAAAGCCAAACGGACAUGACUUUUGCACCACUCUCCUGUCGAAUAUUCGUGAACCAACCUGCAUCUGGAACGAAAGUACGCGAGCUGAACUCUCUGAGCUCACAGAAGAGUUUUGUACCGAUUCCAAUGGUGACAUGUUAUCGUUUUUAGAGAUCGCCUCCAACCACAUGUACGACUGCUUGAGCACGGAGCCUUUCGUUGGAGGAAUCUAUUUGCUUAUCUUGCUGGAAAAAUCGGAGGUGAAUCCGACAGCAAUCAAUGAAGAUACGUUGUAUCCGACUACAGCUGUUGAUUUUGUAGAAUCUCUAUUUCUAUUCUUAAAUGAGAACAGAGAUCCAAAGCUCGGCAUUUAUUCCGACACGCUUCCAGCAUUAGAUUGCUUAAGUCUUCUUUGCGACUUGCCGGCAUUCCGGCCCGCCAUUGUGGAGUGCUUAGAGCAACACGUUGAUGAUGUGGAUCCGGUGAAUGCCUCAGUUUCGGUUGCCACAUUAGGCAGAUACUUGCUUCCCUUUGACGGCGGUGUAAAAUCGAAAGCAGUUUCGAUUUCGUCUCGUCGAUCGCUGUCGACGUAUGGAUUCGAUGCCAAAAAUGGGUAUGAUCUUACCACUGCUGCAAUGGAAACCGAUUUUGGAAAUGUGGAUUAUCUUGCUCGCCAAGAGCUUGCGCUGCUUGUUUUGAACAAAAUUUGUGGGUUCGGUUGCAAUCUGGAACGGAUGCUGGCGCCUUUCUGCCAGUUCACGUGGUGUCUUCAGGUGAUAACGGAUCAUCUUGAUUAUGAACAAGCGUUCUAUGCGCUGUCCUGCUUGGCUGAGCUAUGUGACACAUGCCUUGCAAUUGCUGAGUACAUAGAAAUGAGCGGGCUGUGGGUCGAGGUGUUGGGCAUCGCACUUCAAUCCAGACAGCAUGUUCUGCACGAGCACUUCCUUCGAGCUGAAGCUCUACGGGAACCUGCAUUUGAAGUUUUGUACGCACUCCUGAUGAAAGACGUUCCUUUGCGAGAGAAAAUGUACCGCGCGCUUUGCCGUUUUCUUCCUUAUCCAAUCGUAUACCAAAUUCACUUGGACCCGAACAAAGCGACUCGUUUCUUCGAUGACAACCACGAGAAGAGUGACUUAAUUUGGAACUCUCAUAGGCGAACCGAAGUGCGUAAGAAGCUCGACGCAAUUAUCUGCCGAAAUCGAGUGGAACGGUCUAUAGCAAAGAGGGACUCCGUUUUACUCGACGACGAGACUGACUUUAUCCCACUCCCUCAAAAUUUUGUGGCAGGACUCUACAUCGAUCGGUUUUUGUCUCGACCGGACCCGGAAAAACUAACGAACCCGGCAUAUAAUUUGGAGUUGCUUUUCCAGGUAUGGAGAACUCAACUGGAUAAACUCAUGGGCUUCGAUCUGCAAAAUCCGCCCGAUGACCUUCAGUCGAUUGUUGAUGAAAUUGACCGGUACACGAUAGCGAUAACGCAUAUUUUGCGGGCAUCACUUGAUAUUGAUGAGAAUGUCGCUAACGACAGCAUACCCGAGCAAAUCGUGAAGCUUGUACGCCACUGCAAUCAGCAUUUGGUUACAAGCUUUCCGUAUCGCUGCAUUUUGCGAGUCGCUCGGCGCUUAGUGCAGUUUCCUGAAAUUACUUCGAAAGAAUUUGUUGAACUGCUAAUUUGUCGAAUUACGUUGAAACACCCGGACAUUCCAAACAUACUCAAAGUGCUUCGACGUGUGUUGGAAGCACGCAACACAGCGUUGGCGGAAUGCGAGACAAAGGAGGAUCCCGAUUAUUGGUUGAGGGAUCUUAAGUACUAUCCCCAGAUGCUGGCCUUCCUGGAAGGGCUGGUGGAGAACAAGGAUGAGAUCGAAACGUCUCUCUUAUCAAACGCAAAUCGCGUGUUACGUAUCAUUCACGCUGAAGAGCCGAAGGAAACCCAUGUCAAGCAGUUUUCGCGUAGCUUAAUGGGUCGCUGGCACAACUUUACGCUGGAGAGCAGAACGUCGACGCUCCGUAACACAAGUAUAACUGGGCAAGUUGAAAUGAAGCCACCAGCACACGCGAGUGCAGUGAACACGAAAUCGGCCAAUCCAGACGCGUUGAGUGCGUUAAAUGUCAACGUAGAUGAGGCAAGCGAGCGGUUAUCCGAGAUUGCCGCCAGUACUCGGAGCUUUGAUGUGGAUGGAGAGAGAGAGCCGUCCAUCCGUGUCGAUAUUAAAGGCACACCUGAUGACCGUGAAAUUGACAUAGAUGGCACCUUUAUCCAGACCCCUCCGAAGAGCAUUAACUAUACUGACGGCGCAGUAGAGGUAGGAGACGCAACUAUUGCACCUCGCAGCUUUCAGUACAAGGGCGAAUAUGCGCGUGAUUCGCCAUUGCCAUCUCCAACAUCACUCCGCUACUCGACGCUAGGAGCACGAUAUGAACCGAUCAACUCCCAAUAUCACUCGAGGAAGGCAGCUGAAUACGAUGAACACGAAGAUGACGAGGACAUCUUUGCUACGCGUCCCCGCCGUGGAAGCGUUCCAUCAAAGGUAGAGAACGUCAGCGUAAUGGGGACAAACAGGCUGACUGUUGAUACUGCAGGCGGCGGCGGUAUCCCCAUGAGCAGCAUCAACGUGAGCAUCUAUGACUCACAAGCGCCUGCAACCCAUCGACAGUCACGAGCGCCAAGUGGAGUCCCACCGGAAGCAACGGGAAGCAUGAGUACCGAUCGGCGCUAUUCGUUGCUGGACUCGUGGAAACCGCCAAGCUCAGUAGCGCCCAGCUCUUCGCUCACGUCCCUCACAAUAUCUCGACGAGGACGCCGAGCUGCUGCUGUCUAUAGCCGAUGCAAGUCAAAAGGCAAAAAGAAAUGGUUUAAUCGUUAG